CCAUCAUCAUCAGGAGCUGGAACAUCAUCAUCAUCGAAGUCGGAUGAAUUCCAUGAUGCUGCCGAGUACACCACUGAUCACCACAAUACCACUACAGCACUUCGGCCUUCUCCACAACUUGAUGUUAGUGACAGCACGCUACUGCAGAGUAACCGUAGUAGUAGCUCGAUAGAGCUAUCAGAGCUUGGAAUCGUUGAUGAUACGGCACAUGGUGCUCAUCAUGGUUCGAUAGUAGUACUACCCGAUACCUAUUCUAGUGUUAUAAUGGAUUGUGAUAGUAUCAACGAUAGUGGUGGUGGAUGUAGUAGUGGGGGAUCACCUGAUGCUAUUCAUACAAUGGAACAGGAUGAUGAUCAAAGGAGGCAAUGUGGUAGAAGUGUUAAUGAUGCUCAGCGGCUUACUACCGAUGAGGAGGGUGGUGUAUUGUGGAGUUUAAAACAGAAUCUUAUGAAUAGAGGAUUAUCAUGGUCUGAUCGUUUACUUGAUACAACUGAAGCAGCACUAGAUGUCACAGAAAAGGCAGUGGGAUUCAUAUUAUCUGACGAUAAUAAUCCGAAUACCACUCCAUCAUCAAAUACUGAGGGAUCAAAGAGAGCAAUAGAAGGGGCCAACACAGUGCCAUUAGCAGCAGAAGGGAAAUCCCAUGAGGUGACGGUAGAGGAAGAAGGGCAUUCGUUAUCAGAGCCAGCAGCAGCAUCAGCCCUUAGUGUGGAGGAGUUCACGUCCAGUGAUGAAGACAUUCGAUCAAG